GGAGGCGCCUCCUCCUCCUCCUCCUCCGGCUCUGUCUGCGGCCUUCUGAGUCCCACGUGAAGCGUCCGCCGCCUGCGGGGCAGGGCUAAGCGGGCACGGCGGCUGGCGGGGGCCGCACGGAGCGGGAAGAGGAGCCCUUGUGGUAGUAGUAGCAGCAGCAGCAGCAGUGGUUAAGCCGCUUCAGGAGGGAGCGGGUUCCUCGGCCCGGUGGGUCUCAGCAGCAGCAGCAGCAGCAGCAGCAGCGGCGGCGGCGGCGGCGGCAGCGAGAGGAGCGGCCAUGCCGUCGGUGAGCCUCCCGCCGAAGGAGAACGCGCUCUUCAAGCGCAUCCUGAGGUGUUAUGAACACAAACAAUACAGAAAUGGUUUGAAAUUUUGCAAACAAAUUCUUUCCAAUCCCAAGUUUGCAGAACAUGGAGAAACCCUGGCUAUGAAAGGACUAACUUUAAACUGCUUAGGUAAAAAAGAAGAGGCAUAUGAAUUGGUGCGUAGGGGACUAAGAAAUGAUUUGAGGAGUCAUGUCUGCUGGCAUGUCUAUGGUCUCCUCCAGAGAUCAGACAAGAAGUAUGAUGAAGCCAUCAAAUGUUACAGGAAUGCACUAAAAUGGGAUAAAGACAAUCUCCAGAUCUUAAGAGACCUCUCCCUACUACAAAUUCAAAUGAGGGAUCUGGAAGGUUACAGGGAAACUAGAUAUCAGUUACUUCAGCUUCGACCUGCACAACGAGCAUCAUGGAUUGGCUAUGCUAUAGCUUAUCAUCUGCUGGAAGAUUAUGAAAUGGCAGCAAAAAUUUUGGAGGAAUUUAGGAAGACUCAGCAGACAUCUCCUGAUAAAGUUGACUAUGAGUAUAGUGAGCUACUUUUGUAUCAAAACCAAGUCCUCCGGGAAGCAGGUCUCUAUAAAGAAGCUUUGGAUCAUCUUGGUACCUAUGAAAAGCAGAUCUGUGACAAAUUAGCGGUUGAAGAAACUAAAGGAGAACUUCUGUUACAACUCUGCAGGCUGGAAGAAGCAGCUGAGAUAUACAGAGGAUUACAAGAAAGAAAUCCUGAAAACUGGGCUUAUUACAAAGGCUUAGAAAAAGCACUUAAACCAGCUAAUAUGAUAGAACGGUUUAAGAUAUACGAAGAAGCCUGGACUAAAUAUCCAAGAGGGCUGGUUCCUAGAAGACUGCCAUUAAAUUUUUUAUCUGGUGAGAAAUUUAAGGAAUGUUUGGACAAAUUUCUGAGGAUGAAUUUUAGUAAAGGAUGUCCCCCGGUCUUUAAUACAUUGCGAUCACUGUACAAAGAUAAAGAAAAGGUAGCAAUCAUAGAAGAGCUGGUGGUAGGUUAUGAGACAUCUCUGAAAAGCUGCAGAUUAUUUAACCCAAAUGAUGAUGGCAAAGAAGAACCUCCAACAACCUUACUUUGGGUCCAGUACUACUUGGCACAGCACUAUGAUAAAAUUGGGCAACCAUCCAUAGCUUUGGAAUAUAUAAAUGCUGCAAUAGAAAGUACACCGACCUUGAUAGAACUGUUCCUUGUGAAAGCUAAAAUCUAUAAGCAUGCUGGAAACAUAAAAGAAGCUGCAAGGUGGAUGGAUGAGGCACAGGCACUGGACACAGCAGACAGGUUUAUCAACUCCAAAUGUGCAAAGUACAUGUUGAAAGCAAACUUGAUAAAAGAAGCAGAAGAAAUGUGUUCUAAGUUUACAAGGGAAGGAACAUCAGCAGUAGAAAACUUGAAUGAAAUGCAGUGCAUGUGGUUCCAGACAGAAUGUGCCCAAGCUUAUAAAGCAAUGAAUAAAUUUGGAGAAGCACUUAAAAAAUGCCAUGAAAUUGAGAGACAUUUUGUAGAAAUCACAGAUGACCAAUUUGAUUUCCACACAUACUGUAUGAGGAAAAUUACACUUCGAUCAUAUGUGGACUUGCUGAAACUAGAAGAUGUACUUCGACAACACCCAUUUUAUUUUAAAGCUGCAAGAAUUGCCAUAGAAAUUUACUUGAAGCUUCAUGAUAACCCUCUCACAGAUGAGAACAAAGAGCACGAAGCUGAUACAGCAAAUAUGUCUGAUAAGGAGCUAAAGAAGCUACGCAAUAAGCAGAGGAGAGCUCAGAAAAAGGCUCAGCUAGAAGAAGAGAAAAAGAAUGCAGAAAAAGAGAAGCAGCAGCGGAACCAGAAAAAGAAGAAAGAUGAUGACGAUGAAGAAAUUGGUGGCCCAAAGGAAGAGCUUAUUCCUGAGAAACUAGCUAAGGUUGAGGCACCUUUGGAAGAAGCUAUUAAAUUUUUAACUCCAUUGAAGAAUUUGGUGAAGAACAAAAUAGAAACCCAUCUUUUUGCCUUUGAAAUUUACUUCAGGAAAGAAAAAUUUCUUCUUAUGCUGCAGUCUGUGAAAAGAGCAUUUGCUAUUGACCCCAGUCAUCCAUGGCUUCACGAGUGUAUGAUACACCUAUUCAGCAGUGUUUCAGAAAGCAAAGAUUUACAAGAAACGGUAAGAACAGUGUUGAAUCAAGAAAUUAAUCGGCUUUUUGGAGCAACUAAUCCAAAGAACUUCAAUGAAACUUUCCUUAAACAGAACUAUAAUUCACUACCGCACAGAUUAUCUGCUGCCAAAAUGGUGUAUUAUUUGGAUCCAGCUAGUCAGAAAAGAGCUGUGGAAUUGGCAACUUGCCUUGAUGAAUCCCUUAUAAACAGAAAUCUUCAGACUUGUAUGGAGGUAUUGGAAGCAUUGAAUGAUGGUAGCCUUGGAAACUGUAAAGAAGCAGCUGAAAUGUACAGAGCAAAUUGUCAUAAGCUUUUUCCUUAUGCUUUGGCUUUUAUGCCCCCUGGAUAUGAAGAGGAUAUGAAGAUCACAGUUAAUGGAGAUAUAUCUGCGGAAACCGAAGAACUGGCCAAUGAAAUAUGAACUUUUUUUUAAAGGAGUGGAAUGAUUUUGGACCGUAUCUGGUGUAUAAUAUUUUUGUCACGCACCUGCUGAAUUGUUCUAACUACACAGAGAAUGGAAGGAGUAAAAAUGGUUGCCUUCAAAGUUUUACUUUUUUUAUCCUGCUGACGAAGUAUAUAAUAUAAAGUAACGUAUUACUGGAUAUAGGUGGCUCAGUUAAAGAAAAACUAAGCACUGCUAAAAUUGAAAAGUAUCCUUAUCUACAUACCCCAUUUUUAAACUAAUUUAUAUGGAAUCUGAAGGCUCAACACCCAUUGGAGCAGGUGUGUGGCAGAAAUAUUACUUUAAAUAUGUCUUGUUGAGAUGACUAUCUCAGACAGCAAAAACGCUGUUUUAGCACUGGAUCUUUUCACUGAGCACAAAGAGUUGUUGGGGCUUUAGCAUCUGACUGGUUUUGAUACAGAGAUGAUCUACCCUUUGGAAGUAUGCAAUGUGAAUCAAUAUUUGCAAACAAACCUGCAACACAUAUAUAAUGUUGUUGUAGAGACUGGGACUUAAUGUGUGAAACAAAAUAACAAAACAUAAGGUGUUCAAUAAGCUUGUUGUGUCUCCGAAAUUUACUGCACGUGAUCAGUUUGGUGUUCUUGCACCACAGUUUUUAAAUGAAGGAAUGGGUUAGAACAUCCUCUUUGUUUUAAUUAAAAAUUUGAAAAGAAAUCAACAUUGCUGUUUAGGAAAUGAGCAUGAUAGUAUCAUUUGGCUAAACUUUUUAAAACUGUAAUGCAAGAACCAAAUGAAAUUAUGCACUGUGAUGUGGCACCAACUCUUUAGAAAGACAGCAUGAUUUUUUCACGUACAGUGAAAAUAUGAACGAACAUAACUAUGGCUUGAAAUUUCAAAGAGGAACUCCUGGCUACCAAUUUGUGACUGAUCGAGAGACUUAAUUGUUCAAAACCUCAGCAGGCCUUGUUCACGUUAUGCAGAAAAAGUGCUGCAGUUUAGAUACCUCUGGAACUUUUCCACAGUGUCACAGGUUUGUAAUACUUGAAGCCCUACAUUUCUAAGAAUAUAUUUCUUGCUCAGUUGUUUCAGGCAAGCCCAUGACUUUGUAACUUUUAACGGGCCCAAGAUUUUUUUUCGAUAACAGACCAGCUUCUUAUUCCUGCAGUUAAAGAUGUACUUUCCUUUGUCAAACAUAAGGUACCAAAUAUAAUGCAAUAAAAUGUUUUGAAAAAGA